AUGCAUACAAUAAGAAAUAAAUUACAAAGGCUUGUGCAUAAUUCUUAUCUUUCUGUACUUUUUCAUGUGGUGAUUAAUUUGUUCGUUUGUGCCUCUGUUGUGCCACGACUUGGCUCGAAUUCAACAAAAGGUCACGUGCUGGCGGUACGAAGGGGUCGCCUGAUGUCCCCGAGCACAUUCACUGCACUCAGCGGCGACCUGCAUGUGCAGAUACAGUUCAGCGGGGAGGAGGACGAGGCACGCGUUGGUGGCACCAACACAACACAGCUCCAGCCUCAAAGUCACAAUAUCACAGACGGCUAUGUUGACGCCCACUUGAGCACUGACAGCCCCGGCGCGGGCACAGGAUUGCAAGCGGGAACGGGGUCGGGCACGGAAACGGGCACGGUGAACACCAUAAUGAGCACUUUAGUCAUUAGCAAAAUCAUUAAUGAUGCGGCGUCAGCUGAGGGGGAGCUGCAGGCUUCGAAUGACACUGGCCAGAGCAACAGGACCAACCAGCUGGUGCUGCAGCGCAGGCGCAAGGAGGUUGUCCAGAAUAUUCCGCUCUUUCCGGAUCCACGCCAGAAUAUCACACAGGUGACGGUGCCAUGCCAGACCUUUGUGCGUGGCGGCCUAUACGAGAUGCAGGUGGUCCGGAACCUAAAGACGACCCUCAAUCGCAGUGACCCAGUUCGACAUGCAUCGGAAACGUUGACGACAACCACCUUGAUGCCAGCGCAGGAUGAGCGUUUGCUGCAGACCCUGGACGUGCGGUGGCCCAGUGCUGAGAUGCUGGUGAGUCCCGUGACCUUGCGCACGUAUCCCAGGGCGCCCGUGAAGGUCACACUACGCUUUCCGGAGGUCAACUGCGAGCGUGCGUUGCACGGCACUGAACAACCUUCGCUGCCAGAGUUCUGGCUGGAGCUGGUCUACUGCGGCAAGGAGCGCACCUGCUCCUACAAUAUCGCCAAUGUGUCAAAGUCGAGCGUGCUCUUUGCCGAGCAGGUGCACGGCUUUCCCAAGUUCAAAACCGUCGAACUGGGCUGCGAACUAUUUGGGUUGGCCGGCAACUAUGCGGUCCAGCUGCGGCCCAUGAUUACAUCCCUGAACGUGCCAACCACGCGGCGUAUGCUUAGCGUGGACUGGAGCGAUGAGUUUGUGUUCAAUGUGUACGCGCGCAGCAUCUUUCCCUGCGAUCCGCAUUCCGGCGUGGGCGUCCUCUACGAAUACCCCGGCUGCAUACUGGAGCAGGGUGAUCGAGUGCGUCUCUAUGCCAAGCUACGUGCAGAUGUCGCCUCCCUCAAGCCGCCCACCUCGCUGCACUACGUCGCCGAGCAGCGGGUCGUCAAGAGCCAGCACUCUCUCUACUUCAGCUGCGACCUGUUCUCCGAGAAGUACGUGGAGUACUGCUUCGUCUACGUUAGCCAGGCCAUUUCCGGCGCCGUUGCGGAUGUGCGCAUGGACUGUGUGCCCACACUGCCCGUCAGUGAUUCCGAUACUGGCGGCUGGGGUGCUUGGAGCGAGUGGACACCGUGCUCAACAAAUUGCCUGGGAGGCACUCGCAAUCGCUAUCGAUUCUGUGAUUCGCCGCCGCCGCGAUACGGUGCCAAAUUCUGCGAGGGUCAAUCAGUUCAAACGGAAAAAUGUAAUAAAAGCAUUGCGGAUACCUGGGACUGCAUCUAUGAAACAAGCGGCAGCAUCCUGACCAAGUCGAAUGUCACCGAGGUUCAUCAAGAAAUCGGUCCUGGCUGCCGCUGUGGCUGCAUUGUACACCUCGGCUCAUCCAAGCCCAAGCGCAUAAUUGCCGGCGCCACACAAAGCUGUCCCGGACGCUCCUUUUGGCUAAUCCAGGUCGACGGCGAGGCAACCAUUUCACUGCAGCUCAGCUUUCUGCGUGUGCCAUGUGGCACGCAGUACAUAAAGGUGCGCGAUGGACCCUCGCUUUCCUCCACUCUGCUGCUAGAGCUCAAUGGAGAUGCUGCCACUAGACGAACCGCUGCUGAAGCUGCCGGUCAUAUUGGGCUGCCGUUGGCGACCGAGUCGAGUGGCGCACAGCUGCUGGUGGAAUUUUUCUCGGGCGACGUGACCGCAAAUGGAACAUCCAGUGGGGGAUACGAUGCUGCGUCGUGCACCGGCGGCUUCAUGGCCAACGUUAAGCCCUUAGGAUCCAGAAAUGUGAGCAAUGCCAGCACGGUUCUGGCGGCAACGCGUCUAUCUGCCAAGAGUCGCAGCCACUUGCAAAAGAAGUCUCUGUCCAGGAUGCGGUUCACCCUGGUCCAUUUGAGCGCCAUGGUCUUUGCCACCAUCAUAAUAAUAAUAAGUGCGCUUUUAGGUGCUCAGUACGUGGUGCGGUAUCGGAAGUAUCACCUGGCAGUGGCACGUCGACAGGACGAGGGCUCGCAGCUGCACACACCGCGAGCCUCCUUGAGCUCGCUGCACGGACCGCCAUCACGGGCUCUUUCGACGACCACGCUGCUCUCCGAGGUGAUCUACCUGGUGAAACUGCGACCCAAACGUCAGCUGCGGCACUCCAUACUGCGCGAAAGCGCCGAUGUCGAGAACGUGAGCCACGAGACGGAGUUCAAGGAGGACGAACAAAUGGUCAAGCGAGAGGAAGUGCCGGCGUUUGGUAGUACCGCAUCCAUAAUGACUCUGCGCAAUGAGCACGCCUCGUUGACGUCGCUCUCACCAGCUACCGACAGUCGCAGUCCCGCAGUUGGCUCCCCGUCCUCGGUCGAACCGGAGCUGGAGCUGGAGCUGAAGCUGGAUCAGCGCCUCGAUGAGGCGAAAAAGGAGACUAGCACGCAUUCUCCGGCAGAGCCACUGAGCUGUAAGGACAGUGCCAAGGACUCGGAGUCCAUCAUCUCGUCGGGCAUGAGCUCCCUGUGCAAUAGUCCACCUCUGAACAGCAACAGGCUGAGCAAGUACUCGGAUCGCUAUGAUGCGGUCACUCUGAAGCUGCUCAGCUCCCGUUUGGACGAAAGUCUGCGCGACGCCGGAUCUCUGAACUCCGGCUCCGGUUCGCUGUGCCUGGGUCGCAUGGGAUCACGCAGUGUCAGCACCUCCCUAACCAAUGGCUGCUACUCACCCGCAGCGAGCGUGGUCAGCACGGCCACCAUACGGACGACCAGCAAUCCGAAGGAGUCUAAGGAGAAGCAGAAUCGCAAGAAGCUCUUGGCGCGACCUGGCUCCGAGUUCUCGCUGGGUAACCAAGAGGAGCUUGAGCUGGACUAUUACGAUUACAAUGUGAUCAAUGCGGGUGCGGCGCCCGGCUCCUAUCUGGGCAUGGAUCCAGCCUAUUGCAUUUGGAUACCGCCUUUCGAGGAGACACCCGAGCGAGAGGACGAAGACAAGACGCCAGAGCCCACGUCAAUGCCCGAGGAGACGCAUGCUGCAUUUGAGGAAAUGCAAAUGCCCAAAUAUGGUCACUAUUUGUGCCCGGGCAGCAAGUCCACCACAACGGAUAAUACGCCCAGCUCCGAGGAGCGCUCCUUGCCCAGCAGCCAGCACCAAUCCAAGGCCACAUCGCCCAGCGAGACAGUCCAGAGAAGCACUCCCACCAAGCAGCCAACUCCCUAUAUGUCCCGCAAGCAGCGCCGACAGGCCAGGCAGCAGUUCAGAUUGAAUGCAGUCAGUUCCGGCUAUGAGUCCGAAUCCGGUACACUCCGUCCCAGCCAAGCAGCCAAGCGCGAAGUGGAAAUCGUGGCCGUGCAUCAGAGUCUUAAGCAGACGGACGGCGACCAGGAUUCAAACCAAUCAAUGACCGGUUCAUACGUGGAAAAGGAAACGCUUGUGGAGAAGUCGUCACGCGAUCUGCAAGAAUACCUUCACCUGGACGACAUCCAGUUUGCCGACGAGAGCGGCAGUGAUUACGAGGCAGCCACGCUCAAGCAGCAGGUGGCACACGCUGCGACCAAGACCCUGCUGGAUAAUGUGACAAGGACGAAAUCGAAAGAGGCUGCCGUGUAGAGAGCCCCUCGACAGCUGUUGUACAUAGAACGGGCGAGCAGAACAACAUCCAAGUUCACUUAAGAUAGUAUCUGUUACGGGUAGAUACAUAUAUCAGCAAUACGAGUAUAGGACCACCAAUAGGCUAGAUGCAAGCGUUGAGUUAUAAUGUAGAUCUAGGCAUUCAUUCCAAUAAAGGACUUCAAUUAUAGAUUCGAGUAGAGCUCAAGUGGUUUAAGGAUCGUUUAAAUUCACACUAAUCAGUAUAUGAUAUAUUAUGUAUAUAAGUAAAAUAUAAUACCUAGUCAUUCAGAUUUAAGUCAAAGCUUUGGCCUCUCUGGUCUUUUGUUUAUAAUUAGAAACUUUUGAUUGCGGCCUUUUUGUGAUUAUUCAUUUAACACGUUCACUUAACAAAAUCU